AUGCCUGUCAAUCAAGAUCACCACCUCGCGGGUCCGACCAACCCGGCAAACCCGAUCAACCCGGUACCCCCUCGCUCGCGCGGGUCAACUGAUGAUUAUAAUGUCUAUGAUGAUGCACGCACCUACUAUACGAGCGAGGAGCGGCACAGGAACCACAGGGCCGGUCCCCGGACCCGCACUUAUUCUCAGAACAGUUUACUACUCAAGCAGUUUGAGAGACUGCAUCUCCAUGAACCUUACAGACGAGGCAGCCAUGACGAGUCAACCCUUCCUCAUGGCCGUAAAUUUCUCAUCUGGGUCGAGCCAACCCUCGAAAGCCUCCUCAAAAUGGAGGAUACCGAUCAAAACAUGCAAAUUACAAUCGAGGACAACGGGCCGAAAGUGUUGACCCUUCGUACUGCUGCCUCGAAUGGCUACAACCGCUUUGACAUCCGCGGCACCUACAUGCUUUCCAAUCUCCUCCAGGAGUUGUCGCUCGCCAAAGAGUACGGCCGUAAGCAGAUCAUUCUCGAUGAGGCGAGACUGAACGAAAACCCGGUGAACCGGCUCUCUCGAAUGAUUCGCGACCACUUCUGGGAAGGCUUGACCCGCCGCAUCGACGCUUCUAGCAUCGAGAUUGCUGCCCGUGAUCCGAAGGAUUGGACAGACGACCCCCGCCCUCGCAUCUACAUCCCUCAUGGUUGCCCUGAACAGUACGAAUAUUACAAGAAAUUGGCCGAGGAGAGACCCGAAAUUCGCCUCGAUGUUCAGAUGCUUCCCGAAAAGAUCACUCCUGAGCUCGUCCGAGACAUGAACGCAAAGCCUGGUCUCUUGGCGGUUGACAUGGAGGAGGUCAUUGAUCCCAAAACGGGAGAGAAGACACUCCGAGGUCGGCCUUUCGUCGUCCCCGGAGGCCGCUUCAAUGAGCUGUAUGGCUGGGACAGCUACAUGGAAUCUCUCGGCCUGCUUGUCCACGGAAAAGUCGAUCUUGCUAAGUCAAUGGUGUUGAACUUCUGCUUCUGCAUCAAGCACUACGGAAAGAUUUUGAACGCGACUCGCUCUUACUAUCUCUGCCGGUCCCAGCCCCCCUUCUUAACAGACAUGGCCCUCCGUGUCUACGACAAGAUUAAGCAUGAGGAAGGCGCCCUUGACUUCCUCAAGACUGCUUUUCUUGCAGCCAUCAAGGAGUAUUACAGCGUUUGGACGGCUGAGCCCCGCCUCGACCCUGUUACUGGCCUUUCCAGGUAUAGGCCUGAGGGUCUCGGCGUCCCCCCCGAGACAGAGGCGGGCCACUUCGUCCACAUUCUGGAGCCUUACGUUAAGAAGCACAACAUGACGUUCAAGGAGUUUGUGGAUGCUUACAACUACGGUAGGAUCAAAGAGCCAGAGCUGGAUGAAUACUUCAUGCAUGAUCGCGCGGUCCGUGAGUCUGGCCAUGACACGACAUAUCGCUUUGAGGGUGUCUGCGCCAACCUGGCCACGAUCGAUCUCAACUCACUGCUCUUCAAGUAUGAAACCGACAUUGCUCGCACCAUUCGCAAUGUGUUCAACGAUCGGCUCGAAAUUCCUGCUGAGUGGUGCCCUCCCAACCUGAAGCCUGGCCACGUUGAGACGUCUGCCAUCUGGGAUCGUCGGGCCAAGCGCCGCAAGCUUGCCAUUGACAAGUACUUGUGGAACGAGCAAGAGGGAAUGUAUUUUGACUAUGAUACGGUCAAGCGGAAACAGUGCACGUACGAGAGCGCGACAACCUUCUGGGCGCUUUGGGCAGGCGUAAGCAGCCCCAAGCAGGCGGCGGCCAUGGUGACCAAAGCGCUUCCGCGGUUUGAGGCCUUUGGUGGCCUGCUCUCUGGAACAAAGGAGUCGCGUGGUGAGGUCGGUCUUGAUCGCCCCAACCGCCAGUGGGAUUACCCAUAUGGCUGGGCGCCUCAGCAAAUGCUGGCCUGGACUGGCUUGUACCGGUACUCUUUCACAGAGGAGGCUGAGCGACUAGCUUACAAGUGGCUCUUCAUGAUCACCAAGGCAUUCGUGGAUUUCAAUGGCGUUGUGGUUGAGAAGUAUGAUGUCACUCGGCCCAUUGACCCUCACCGGGUUGAUGCUGAGUAUGGAAACCAAGGUCUUGACUUUAAGGGUGUUGCCAAGGAAGGCUUUGGAUGGGUCAAUGCCAGCUACAUCUAUGGCCUUCAGAUCAUUAAUGCCCAUAUGCGCCGUGCUCUUGGCACGCUGACACCCUAUGACACCUUCAUUAAAGCAGUUCAAGAGAAUCAAGCCAAGACCCUUUCUGAGAUGGUUUGA